ACCGUGUUUCGGCGUUCAAAGUGAAUCAUGCGAGCGGUCGCAGUUUACUCAGAACAGAAACGUCACGAUCGUCCAGCCAGUGGAAUUUUAAGCAAUUCCUGAUCUGGCACAACUCAAGGAAAGUUUGCGACAUUUAAUAAGCCGGUGGUAGCGGCGACACUUGGAGAAAAGCGGGGGGUUCUUUUAAAAUCCAGUGAUUGGUUCGAGUAACAAAGAAAACCCCCAAGGACAAGCCACGUCGAGAUGGAAAACACUUUCUUCCGUGUCUUGAUUUUGACUCUAACAUUUGGGUGGGUCCAUGGGAGGGUGGUCAAGGUCCCCGAGGGCCCUCUUAUCCGUGUGGAGGGGCAGGCAGUUUCGGUGCGGUGUGAUGUGUCGGACUAUGAGGGCCCACGAGAGCAGGACUUUGAGUGGAAAGUGGCACGAGGUGGCCAGUUCCUUCAGCUCGUGUCCACAUUUGACCCCUCGUACUCAGACCCUUCCAUGCAGGACCGUGUGGACAGUGGCGACAUCGCUGUGGCAAGGCUGGCUGAUGACACCGUGGAGCUCAGGAUCCGGAGUGUGCAGGCCGCAGACGGCGGCGUCUACAGCUGCAGCACCAUCAGCACCGACUCGGUCAUCAGCGGGAACUACGAAGCUGACGUGGAGCUGAAAGUGAUCAAGGACAGCGUCAAGGUGUCGCCCUCUACACCCCCGGCGGUGGUUCCGGAGGGUGGUUCCUUGGAGCUUCGCUGCAGCGUGAGUCGGGACAUCACGCAACACACGUACCUGUCUGUCAUCUGGUCUGUCAGGAAGGGGGCCACCUCUGAGGACAUCUUGACCUUUGACCCUGAAAGGGGGGUGACCACGGGGAGCAGCUUCCGCCAGCGUUAUGCAGAUGGCUGCCUGCGUCUGGAUCUGCAGGGGGGAGGAGCUUACGGCCUGAUCAUGACCGAGGCACUGCCUGGUGACCAGGGAGUGUACGUGUGCACAGCCAGAGAGUGGGCACUGGAAAAGGGGGGCACCUGGCAGAAGAUCCUGGAGCGGAGUGCGGACAUAGGGGAGGUCCAAGUCACGCCCACAGCUCAGUCGCUCAAGGUCACCCUGGAAAAGAACAGCACCCUGAGUGUGGACGACACCCUCAACCUCACCUGCUCCGUUGCGGCUGAUGGCCUGGCUGCUCUCAGCCUGGAAGUUGAAUGGUCGGUCAGCCCGGUCUCCGGGGGUGGAGCUGCUGGUCCACGGGUCUUGGUUCGCGUUGGCCAGGAUGGAGUAGUGAUGAACACGUCCCCGCUGGUGGGGGUCAGCCACCUGGGUGUGGGGGUGUUCGGGCUUGUCCUCCAUGGGGUGGACCAGUCGGCCUCGGGGCUUCACUUCUGCAGGGUGUGGGCCUGGGUCCGGCAGAGCAGCAGGGAUUGGCAUCAAGUGGCAGAGAAGACCUCCAAUCCGGUGCAGGUCCAGGUUACUCUGAUAGAACCGGAAUUUAAGGUGGCCCUCCAUGACAUCUCAAACCCGCAGUUCUCUGGGGAUCUGGCUGAGCUGGAGUGCCAGGUGACAGACGUGUCCCGCCUGCAGGGCGGGCAGCUGGGUGUGUCCUGGCAUUACACGGAGAUUACGCUGGCUGACCUGCCCACCAGCAUGCACAACAUUGCUGCGCUCGACAAGGAGGGGAACCUGAAGGCAGAGGACAGGUACCAUGAGCGUGUGGAGAAGGGGCUCCUCAUCUUGUCCAGGGUCGAACCCAACACCUUCAAGCUGAAACUCCUCCAGGCACGGGACUCUGAUAUGGGGACAUACUUCUGCACUGUGUCAGCCUGGACCCACACACGGCGUGGGGGUUGGGCCAAGGCCAAGGAGGUCGUCUCCAACCCUCUCACCAUCCACUGGGCCCCCAAAGAGCCGAAGCUCAGCGUGACUGCUGAGUCUCCGAAACUGGCUUCCUCAGCUGGGUCGACCUUCGAGAUGAGAUGUCAGGUGACUGGAGAGAACCUGCAGAACCCGGGGUACUCAGUCCUGAUCCAGGUGGAGGAGACUGGAGGGAAGACACGGAAGAUCCUGUCCCUGAGCCCGGACUCGGUUCUGCAGCUGGAGGAGUGGAACGAACCAGGCCGGGAGGAUAGCGUGGUCCUGGAGAAGAUCGGCCCGGUGCAAUUCCGCUUCCGCCUGUAUGGGGUGCAGGUGUCGGACCGGGGGUCCUACUCUUGCAGUGUCACCGCCCAUACUCGUGUUCCUGGGAACGCCUGGACCCCAGCCAUCAGCACUGAGUCCAAUAAGGUUCUGAUUAGCUUCACAGAUACAGGCCCAGCGUUCAAUGUGUCCAUUCACUCAGAAAAAAGCAACAUCAUCCCUGGGGAGACGGCCAAGAUUGAGUGCAGCAUGACUGUCCAGGGGGCAUCUCUGGAUACAGCUGACAUGUCCUACGAGGUGCGCUGGUACAAGAGCAAUGUCCCAAGCACGGGUGGCGCUGCCCUAUUGGGCAGCAUGGACCGCUGGGGUGUGGUGCGGAAGAGCCUGGGGAAUGGCAGCAGCGACUACAGCCUGGAGCGGAUGGAUGUGUGGCACUUCAGCCUCAGCAUCCACAGCGCCCAGGACAUUGACGGCGGUGAAUACCACUGCUCUGGCACCCCCUGGAUCCGCUCCCCGGCUGGCAUCUGGACCAGGGGGCAGGAUCUGACCUCCAGCAGUGUCUUCCUCUCAGUCAACUUAGCAUUGUGGGACUCCCUAAAGCUGCCUCUGCUGUAUGGGGUUGCUGCCUCUCUGGGUGCAGGGCUCCUCUCCCUCCUCCUGGGGUGGGUCUGUGCUAGCUGCUGCUGCCAAAAUGCCACACACUCCCCCCGUUCCCACAAUGGGCUCAUGGACCUGGAGAUGGACUGAGACACAGGAACCAACCUGGGCACCACAAUGAUCGAUAGGUUCAAGGGGCUGGUGGUCUGUCCUGCCCAGUUGCCUUAUGACUGCAUCAAUGUGAAAAGGUAAUCCAGGAGCUGACUUUGGCUACAUGAGGACAGCUACACUGAACUCUUAUUAAUGACUCAUUGCACUGCACUCUGGAACAUCUCACUGCCAGAAGGAAAGGUUACAUUAGCAUUUGUUUAAAACAAAAAAAUAAAACAACACUCAGCAUGAAUCCAAAUAAGAAUUGUCCUCCAGAGUUCUGAGUAGAGUGAGCUUUGGAUGAAUAUUGAUGAUUGAGGGCAGCAGAGGGGGAGAGCACUGCUUGAACAACCAGAGCAGCAGAAAGGGCCACUUCCAGCCCUGCUCCCAGUUCUUUAACCGGCCGUACCUUUCGCUCUGUUUCUGAGCUGCUGUUGGCUGUUUCCCGCCGUGACCAUGGCUGGGUCCCUGGCCCCGUUUGCAGUUAUUCAUUCAGUGUUGUAACAUCUGACUGCCACCACAGAGACCCCACCCCAGGACCUGACAGCCUCCUUCUCUGAGCACUGAGCGCACACAUCUGCAAAUUACAGCUGCUGUGUGGCACAUCCUUCCUGCUGCAGUCUCCCAUGUGACGAGUAACCUUCUCACUCCUUACCUCCUGGAUCUACAUAUGAUUCUCUGGUGCUGAUUGAUUCACCGGUCAGCUGAUGGACUGACCGACACAGUACCUUGAAUCCCAUUGAGGCGCUGGGCCUCAUCAAACAGCACGACUCACAACAAAGGCUUUUCUAAUCCUCCAGCAGGUGGGGCUGAGAUUUGCUGACCUCCCUCGCCUGGCUGUUUGCAAUAGCGCCUCUCUUUUGCAAGGGGGCUAUUAAAUAACCAUGCUAAGCACUGGAACAAAGCGCGCCCCUCUGCCCUUUUUUUUUUUUGCACAAGGCUUUUUGAGCACUCAAUAAGCUAUCUUUGCACACAAUGCCACCUGCCCACUCUACACACAAUCUUGCAGGCAUGCACACACAUACACUGCGUGUUUGUGCAUGUUCUCAUGGAUGCGUAAACAAAACACCCCGUGUGAGUGGACUAGCUGUUGCUCUGUGUGCUUUUGAGGACAAAAGCCGGGACUCGGCCAAUAUCUGGAGGAGGGCCAUGCGACUGGCCUGCAGGAGUGCACCAGUCUUGGGGAAAUGGCAUCUGGAUUUAGUGACGUUCACAUGGAGGCUGGACCCUCUUCUGCAUGCGUGCAGUCUGCUUCACCUGUAAUGCAUAUUACCCAAAGGGGGUUUGCUUGCUUUUUAAAUUGGGUCAUUAUAUUUUGUUGUUUUUAAAUAUUUUGUAGC